AAAAUGAACAUUGCUCUUCGUCAUGUGAUAAGAAACUCACUUGGAUUAGUCAGAAAUUUUUCCACUGAACCUGCAAAUGAAGUUUAUCACGUCAAAAGGAAGAAUGCUACAGAUAAAUCAUUUGAACAACAAAAUGCUCCGUAUUUGUCCCAUCCAAAAUCUUCAAUUCCAUCCCAGCAGUAUGUAAAAAUAGAUAAAACAUUUCAAAAACGAUUAGAAGAAUCAAAGGAUGUCUUCAAUCAAGAAAUAACAGCAGAAGUUAUGAAAUCAUCUCAUCAGUUUCGUCAACCUUAUUCAUCUCAACCUACCUCCCAAAUAGCAUUCCUCACUAAAGAAGAGCUUGAGGUGGCCAAUGAGAAUGCUCGGAGAAGGGUUGUAGAAAUAUUAGACAGCAAACCUGUUCCUUCUACUGUCAGACCAGAUGUUUCUCAGGCUGUAGAAAAUGAUCCGGGUUUGGCAUGGCUUUAUGACAGUUCAAUAACUUUUGUUGAUUGCAGUAAAGAUGCUUCUGAUCAGGAUAGAUACAUCGUAACUCGAAACAUUGAUGGGUCUCUUACUCAUGACCAACACCCAGAAAGAGACAUAAUCCACGGCAACUUCUUUAAAAGACCUGAUCAAAUUUACCCACCAUUCGAUUUUCUGGAAUCGGAUGAGCUUUUCUCAGAGAUUUUAAGUUCAGAUGAGUCAGACAAAUUGGGCAUGCUUGAUGCGUUGCCACAUUGUUACACUUCUGACCACCCUAUCUUUCAAAAGCGUUUUAAUCAGAUCACAGAUGCGAUGCUUAACAACACUUCAUUAAUGGAUUCAAUGAUUCUUUCCAACCAUUUUGUACCUAUGAUAGAGAGAGCGUUGACCAACAAGCAUCAUGAUGUCUCUCUCCUAAUCAAUCAUCUUCAUAAUACAGGGAGGACACAGAUUGCUGCAGAACUGACAAGUUUAGUCUACUACAAAGAUAAACGAGCUUGUAAAAAGAUGGAAACAUACCUUGCCGGUCAAGUUCUCAUAUUUAAUGGGGCAGCUAUGAAAGUUUCGCUUGAUAGAACGCGCCGGCUGAAAAAAGAUGAGAAGACUAUCAAGGUCAGCUUGAUAUGCGAUGUGGACGUACAAGAAGUCAAAUCUGUAAAAAACAGCUCAGACGGAAAAGCCUUCAUUGCCACCUUGAAAGAUCACGAAGUUGCAGAAAGUCUCCAUAACCUCGGGAGAGGAAAUUGCAAAUUUGUGAACUCUAAUAAAUUUGAAUUCUUCCCUGUUAAGGGAAAAAUUAAUAAGAAAAAUAAGAACUGAUGAGACAAAUAAAAAGUUACUUACAAGUUUUUCUAUCAAUAAUGUCUAACAUUUGGUUGCCAUAGUUCCUCUAAUUUAUUAUGAGUUAAUUUAUUCUGACUGUACAGUGUACUUAAAGGCAGGAAUUUAGAUUAAUUGAACUUUUAUAAGAAUCUAUUUUCAACUGUUUUAUAACUUAUAAAUUGCUUGUUCUACAGUUUGGCAGUUAAGUAGACCCGCUGUCACGCUAUAUCUUCUUCAGAGCAACUUAAAAACUGGACUGUAUAGUUUUAAAAUAACUGGCUAGAAAUAACAGGCUGUUAUAUUGAUGCCGAGAAACAAUUUGAAAUUGAUCUAAUCUCAGCUGAAUUUCGAUA